AUGGAUCCCCAAAAUUUGAAACAAAAUACCGGAUCUAUAAUAAUCCGUGAAGUAUGGUCCGAGAAUCUCGAAUCUGAAUUUAGAUUGAUCUCAACCCUAAUUGACGAGUACCCCUAUAUUUCAAUGGAUACAGAAUUUCCGGGUGUGAUUUUUAAAUCUUCGGGGGAAGAAUCAAAGCAUCACCACCACCAUCGUGGGAAUUUGCCGGAUCUGGGAUCCGGCUACCGGGUUAUCUGGCAGUUUAAUUUCUCAGAUUUUGACGUGGAGCGUGAUAUACACGCUCCGGACUCGAUCGAAUUGUUGAGGACUCAUGGAAUUGACUUUGAGAAGAAUCGAGUUUCAGGAGUAGACUCGGCGGUUUUCGCUGAGUUGAUGAUGAGUUCUGGUCUCGUGUGCAAUGGCUCAGUGAGCUGGGUUACGUUCCAUAGCACGUACGAUUUCGGUUACCUUGUGAAGAUUCUCACGCGCAGCCCGUUGCCGACGGAGUUGACCGACUUUUUGGAAAUUAUCAGGGUCUUUUUCGGGAAUAACGUGUACGAUGUGAAAUAUUUGAUCCGGUUCUGCGAGAGUUUGUAUGGCGGUCUGGACCGGGUUGCUAGGGCUUUGGAAGUAGACCGGGUUGUCGGGAAGUGUCAUCAGGCCGGUUCAGAUAGCUUGCUGACGUGGCACGCCUUUCAAAAGAUUAGGGACGUUCACUUCGGGAAGUUUGGGCAUGAGCAAUAUGCUGGCGUUUUAUAUGGAUUAGAAAUGUGUUGA